CAAUCCUCCCCGCCCGUCUUCUCCCCAAUGGCGAUCUCCUUCUCCCCCAUCAGAUCUCACCUCUGCUCCAGCCCCGCGUGAGGCCGGUGCGCAACAGAGCACGGUUUGGUGGUGGACGAGUCAAGCGCGAGCGGCGCGGGCCUUGGUGUGGGCGUGCGUGUGCAGGGCGUGGCGGCGGGGUCGAGGCGGCGGCGGUGCUGUCCUCGGUGGAAGUGGAGGAGGAGGCGCUCCUGGCCGAGGUCUAGCGGGAGGCCAGGCGGCACGGAAGCGGGCGGGCUCCCUGGGAGCUCCUCGCCGUGCUGCGGGAGGCCAGGCGCGCCGCGGUGCGGCUGCGAGCUGCAGCAGCGCAAGGUGACCGCGCGGUGGAGCUGAUGGCGGGCUCUCCGCGAAGCCUAUUCCUUGUCGCGCGGCGGCGGCGAUGGAGGCUUCCCAGGUCGGCCGGCCUCCUUCCCCAGCUCCAGCACAGGCAGCGGUUGGACGAGGGAUUCAGCGGCAGCAGGGAGCGCGGCCGGAGCACCGGCAGCGGCUGGACGCGGCAGCGGUGGUGGUAGGCACUACUGCGUUGGGGACGGGCCAUGCAGCAACACACUUUGGAACACACUCUGGGAUGCACGGUCGCCCGUUCCUGUGACGCCAUGCAGCUGCUGGCCAAGCAAGGCACUUUGUGCGGUGACGGACUGCUCCUGGAAGAAAAUGAGGACAAUAGCUUCAAUGCCACAUUAAUAAGCUACAACAAACACAACAGAUUGAUUGCGAGGAGUUGGUGCUCCUUCAUCUCCUCCCUCAGCCAGGAGAUGUCAGCGAGAUUUCUUGUGCCAAUGAUGCACAGUGAGGAGGUGGUGCGGCCUUGUGGCGUGUUUGCAACGCUGGAUCCGGUGGCCUGCCAGCAGCCUCGCCAUCUCUGGCUUGUUACUAGGUAUACCAUCUCCCUCCCGGAUCUUCUUUAAUUCUCCAAUGGAAUUCAUGAUUUAUGCUCAGUUGGUGUGGUGUUCUCAAUAUUGUUUGGUGGUCCACACAGAUGCAAAAGGAGUGAAGAAAAUUUGGGAUUAAUGAUGCAUUGCUUACUAAAAAAGAAGAGAUAUAUUUAUUUAAUGAAGAGCUCUAAAUAAUUAGUGCUGAGCUUUUCUUAUGAUAGGUCGUAUUCUCUAUCAAUAAUAUUAAUAUUCUUACUAAAACAUUUGGAAGCUUUUGGGACAAACAAUGUGUGAGCGUGACCUUGCUAUUACUUCUUUUCUUAUCAUGGUGCAAAUGGAUUAUGUCAAUUGCUAACCAGCGUUGGAAAAAACCAUUCUUUCACUCCACACAAUGCAGCUGUUGUGCUCCAACGGUUCAAUUUCCAAGACACAAAGAUUUUUUACGUUUGUUAACAUAAAUACUUCUAAGUAUCAUGGCUCCUAGAGGAAAAUGCUUAAUUGUAUGCUAAUUUCUCUCUCUUUUGGUAUCCUUUGUUCUAUUAUAGAUGUGACAUAAUGCUUGUUUCUACUUCUAGCAGGCUCCUUGUAAUUACUAUCAAGAAUCAUGCCAAUUUGCCUACUGCAGCUAAAAGUACAGAUGAAAGGCCUUAGUUUCCAAUACUAUUGUUGCAGUACAAGUUGGUGAAACUGAUUUGUGAUGCAAAUUACAUGAGUGGUCUGGUGACAAUGGCUUAGUUCAUUGCUCAUCUUAGCAGUUAGCACAGCUAAAAUCUAUUGUGGCAUAGGAGCUCACAAGAUUGAGAUGAUCUUCUGAAACUUUUGUAACACCGAAAUUAUAUUUUUUCUGAUGUU